AUGGAGACAAAGUUAUCUAGCAUUAAUAGAAAGGAGAUUGAUUAUCUUAUUGGCAGUGAGUGGGAAUUCUUUCAUUAUCCUGCUGUUGGUAUUUCUGGUGGCAUUCUUGUUAUGUGGAAUAGCAAGAUGGUGUCUUUUAAUGUUUUGGAAGCCACUUCUCAGGUGGUUAUUGGCAAUCUUUUGGUUCCUUCUCUAGGAACUUGGAGAAUUGCUACGGUGUAUGGUAGUAGAUGCUGCAAGGAGAGAAGUGAACUUUGGAAACAAUUGGAAAAGCAUUUGAUAAAUGACAUUCCUUCUAUUAUAGGAGGAGAUUUCAAUUGCAUUAUCAACAAAGAAGAUAAGAGAGGUGGAAAGAGAUUCUUAUUCUCUAAGGGGCCUAGGGAGAUGAAAGGUUUCAUGAUGAAUGCUGAUUUUCAUGAUAUAGGAUUUGUGGGAACUAGAUUCACCUGGUGUAACAACAAGGAGGGGAACUCUCGUAUCUGGGAGAGAUUAGACAGGUGUUUGGCUAAUUCUAUUGCUAUUCAGAAAAUUCCGGUAUCAGUUACUAGACAUCUUAUGAGAUUGGCGUCGGACCAUUGUCCAAUUGUUCUUAAAAUGGAUGAAAAGGUGCAGUUCAAAUCAAAGAAUAUCAUAUUUGAAGACACUUGGAGGUCUUAUCCAGCAUCCAAGAGUAUUGUUUUUCACUCUUGGAACAAGGACUCGGGUGAUGAAGCUGUGAUCCUGCAAAGAAAACUCAAUCGCACUCUUAAAGCUCUAUUCUUUUGGAAUAAGAACAAAUGCAGGAAUUUAAAUGCGUUGAAGGAAAAGUUGAAACAAGAAAUACUGGAACUUCAAAAUAAAGAAGCACUGGGAGUAAAUUGGUCGGGUGAUGACCUGGUGGCUUUAAGAAGUAAAGUACAUGAACUUAAUGUCACAUUGAAGAGGCUCUCCACUUGGUGGAAUCAAAGGGCUAAGGUUAGGUGGCAUGAAGAAGGAGAUACUAAUUCCAAUUUGUUUCAUUGUUAUGCCACGGCUAGAAGAACAGUGAACAUAAUAAAUCAAAUCAGAGAUGAACUAAACAAUGUAUAUGAUGAAGAUGAACAAAUUGAAAGAGUUUUUACCAGUUUUUUUGGAAAAAAAUGGAAGCAUAGGGAUUUCAUUACCUCGGAUUGGCCUGUAGUUUUUUAUUCUCAGAAAAUUUCUGAGGAAGAUAUCACGAUUCUCAGUGCAGAUUUUUCUGUUUUGGAGCUACAAAACUCUGUUUUUCAGCAAGACAAAAACAAAUCUCCUGGACUAGAUGGGGUUACUUACUCAUUCUACAAAAGCUAA